CGAUGGAAAUCACGCCCAGGAAUCUGACGACAACCGAGCCACCAUGGAAUAGCACUCCAGCGUGGAAGAUGCCUGGCUGGGCCGAGCCAUCGCCAGGCAUCUAUACUUCAGCUCUGGACACGGACGAUGCAACUUGCUCAUCGGAUGAGCUCCUGCGUCGAGACGAGUCCAGCGAAGAUGACACACACGAACAAACGCCUUCAACUAAACACCUAUCCAAGACACGAAGAUUGCUCAAUUUCGCUUUCAAGACACCGAAUACUUCCAGGUUCAAGAACAAUAUCCAUAGUCGAGUGCUACAGCGCUUUCCCUUCUUGUUAGAGAUAUUCUACUGGGUCAUCAACUAUGCCUUCUACCGUAUGACAGCCAUCUUGUCGCAGAAGAUCUUUGCUGGCAGAGGCAUUUGGACAGUAGCCGAAAGUCAUGGGCUCGCUAUCCUGGAUUUCGAGCAACACGGAUUUCUUAGUUCUCUGUUCCGUCGUGAGCUGGCCAUACAGCAGUGGUUCUUGCACAAGCAUCAAGAUGCGUUGAGCUUCUUGAACAAAGCAUAUGCGUACAUUCACAUNACUGGUACUGUCGGCUUCAUUGCAUGGUACUACUACGUCGCACGGUCGCAUUCGACCUUCGCAACGGUACGCCGUACAAUGAACCUGACCAAUCUUAUGGCUUUCACAACGUACGUUUUCUACCCUUGCAUGCCUCCGUGGCUGUUGCCAAAAGAAUAUGGGUUCUUGGAUACAGUCAGGCAUGAUGACGGCGAGUUAGGCAAGACUUGGAUGUGGAAGGUCUUCUACUUUGGUCUCGAAAUCGGCUACCCAACAAUAAUCUUAACAAGCAUCAUUACAACAGCCAACCACUAUUUCCUGGACGCUGUGGUUGCGACAAUAUACGUGUUGGCAGCGUUCAUGAGUAACAAGGUGUUUCAUGUGUUCGUUCCUCUCGAGGACUGGUUGUUGUGGGCGAUUCGUGCAGAGAGGCCGGUUCCCAGUACAGGCGAGAGGUACGGAGCGCUGGGUUACCGUUUG